AUGAGUGUCCUGCUGGAAACUUCCCUCGGUGACAUUGUCAUCGACUUGCUGGUCGAUGACUCCCCUAAAGCGUGCGAAAACGUCCAAAAGAAUUUCACCUUCCAGACUGGCGAUCCGAUUGGGCCCGACUCCUCAGAAAGCGAUGGUGGAUCGUCGAUAUGGGGCUUGCUGCAGGGCCCUUCCCAGCGGACAUUUCCCCUCCAGCUCCCGCCCAAGUUGAAGCAUGACGAACGCGGCACUGUGAGCAUGGCCACCGUACCAUCCCCCAACGACCCUGAUCUGCGCAUCGCCGCCAGCCAAUUCAUCAUCACCCUUGGAGACAAUCUUGAUUACCUGGACGGCAAGGCGGUGAUCUUCGGGAAAGUGGUGGAGGGAUUUGACGUCCUGGAGAAAGUCAACGAGGCCUUUAUUGAUGAUCGCGGCCGGCCACUCAAAGACAUACGUAUUCGUCAUACCGUCAUCCUCGAUGAUCCUUUUGAAGACCCCGAAGGCUUGGUGGAGCCACCGGAGAGCCCGGUGCCGUCCAAGGCACAGCUGGCUACGGUGAGAAUCGCCGAUGAUGAAGACUUGGAUGACGACAUGGACGAGGAGUCAAUGGAGAGGCUGCGACGGGAGCGCGAAGCAAGGGCACAGGCGUUGACGCUGGAAAUGGUUGGCGAUCUUCCCUUCGCCGAAGUCAAGCCGCCAGAGAACGUCUUGUUCGUCUGCAAGUUGAAUCCAGUCACUCAAGAUGAGGACCUCAACCUGAUCUUCAGUCGCUUCGGACCCAUUCUGUCAUGUGAGGUCAUCCGCGACAAGCGUACGGGUGACAGUCUACAAUACGCUUUCAUCGAGUUUGAGAACCAGAAGGAUUGCGAACAGGCAUACUUCAAGAUGCAGGGUGUCUUGAUCGAUGACCACCGUAUCCACGUUGAUUUCUCUCAGAGUGUAUCUAAAUUGUCCGAGAGCUGGCGCAAUGCUACAAUCACCAAACGCAGCGGCCAGCGGGGUGGAUUUGGUGGUGUCGCUGGCCUCGAAAAGAAGCGCCAGUACCGAGCAACAGAGAACACUCGUCAACGAGACGAUGAUUAUCACAUGGUCUUCGAUAAGAAUGCGCCCAAGGCGAGAUCUAAUCGGGACGAGCGGUCCUACAGUCGAAGCCCACCGCGGAAGCCACAACGGGAAAGGCGAGUCAGUCGGAGUCCUCGGCGGGACUCAUAUCGUAAUCGGUACCGAGAUCGAUCCUACAGCCGGAGUCCACCACGGCGAGAUUCCUACGGGGACCGAGACCGUCGACAUAACGACGGUGAGCGGCGACGGGAUCGCCGAGAUGACGAUAGAUACCGGGAAAGGCGACGUCGUUGA